AUGUCUUCGCACAAGAUAAUCAAUACUACCAAGACGUCCGAUCGCCGUGCCGCGGCCGGCACAAAAGCCACGCGAUACCUCCACACAAAUCAGGAGCUAGGCAUUGCCGACGACAAGAAGAUUGACAAAUCAUUCCAGUUGCUUCAGGAGAUAAAACAGAACUCGAAGUCGGAUUGGGACCCUUCGCACUUUCGACUGUUUGUUGGCAAUAUUGGCCAAGAUGUUGACGAGGAGCUUCUACUGCGCUCUCUAAUAAAGUAUCCUUCGGUCUCAAAAGUGCAAAUCCCCAAAGACCACAGGAAGGGCGAGAAUAAGGGCUACGGGUUUGUUUCGUUCAGUGAUCCAGACGACUAUAUUCGGUGCUUCAAGGAGAUGAAUGGUAAGUACAUUGGAUCGAAGCCGGUCGAGCUUAAGAAGGCAAAAAGCAAGGAGCCGGCGACAAAGAAAAAUAGGAAAAGGUAA